GGCAGCUUCCGCCCGGCUCGUCGCUCCUCCCUUUCCGCCUGGCGUGCCAAGGGAGGGGAGCGAGGGCGCCGGCGGAGUUUCUCGCGUGGGUUUGCGCGGAGGGCGGGCGACGGCGCGGAGCAGCCCAGCACCUGAGCGGGGCUUUCCCCAUGGCGACGGCGCGCGCUUGGCAAGGGCGCUUGGCUUCCCCUCGGCCUCCUCCUCCGACGCCUCUUCCUCCUCCGCUGCCGCUUCUCCUCCUCUCCGACGCCGCUGCGCCGGCCGCGGCCCCUCUCCGGGCGGGCGGGAUAUGAGGAAGAAAGAGGCGCCGCCGUUGCAGGUAACCGGGCUUGGGCCUCCGGCGGGUGGCUUCUCUCCGUCUCCCCGCAGAGAAGCGGAGCCGGACCCCGCGCGACUCGGGCCGGCCUCCUGCCCCUCGCCAAGCGGCGCUUUGCUUUAGUUGCUCGGCGUCGCGCGGAGCGUGCAAAGCGGAGGGGAUGGUCGUUGCAAGAAGAUUUGUGUGGCGCUUGCACGGAGCCAGCGAUUGCACGACACACACACACAGUCCUUGCCACAAUAUUGUUGUGACCGUGGUGCGCACUUACCUGGGAGUUGUUGCGCUUCGGUGGGAUGUGAUGUCAACUUAACUUUUACGCAGAGAGCAGGCCUGCUGGAAUGAAUGGAGCCGGGUUAGGCAUGGCCACUCAUGUCAACGGGUUUACUCUUGAGUAAAAAUAAAAGUGAGUGGCGCGUCACCCAGGGGAGCGACUUCCACUUAAAUACGCACUUCGCGAGAGCAGGCUGAGGCGGUUGUGAUUUGGAGAUUUAGCAAUCUGAUUUAUUUUUAAGAGCGCGGCUGAGGCAGGAUGGCGUGGGCGAAGGAGCUCCAGGAACUAUAGCCAUCCUUUCUUGGAAGCCUGUAGCUUCAUAUCUCUCUUACCUCAUUUUAUUACGAUCAUUAAAGGCAUGUUGGUUAAUUUCUAGGUUGCUUCCUGGUCUGCUGUUCUAGUAAGUUGUGGUGCUUAAGGAAUGAGCCAUGGGAUGGAUUUCUUCUCAUAGUUUGAGUGAUUGUAUGUCAAUAUUGUGGGUCUAAUAUCCUUUUAGGGCAUUAGUCUUCAGCCUUUUUAGCCCUAAGACCCACCUUUAGCUCAAACAGACUUGGAGACUUGCCUCUAUUUAUUUUCCCAAUGUGGCGGCGGCAUUGUAACCUGCUUUUGGGAGUAUGGUGACUCAGUAGUGGGUCCAGGACCACCAGUUGAAGAUCAGUGCCUUACCUUACACUGCUCAAGAAGUGAAGGUGAUACGCCAUCCUUUGCCAAAGCAAAAUCAAGAGUGAGUUGCAGGGUCUUCUCCACUGCGUUGUCCAUAGGGGUGAAUUCAUUGCCCUCUGAAGCCUGCCUAGCUAUCUCCUUCUGCUAGCUGGUGAAGACUUUGCUGUUUCAGUAAGCCUUUACUGGCCAUUAGAGAACUUUUAAUAUUAUUUUUCUGCCUUGUGUGUUGCUUAUUGCUAGUAGCUGUGCUGCUGCUUUUACAGUUGCCAUUAUUUGUUAUAGUUCUACUCUGUCUUUCAGUGAAAAAGCGCAAGGUAUUUCCUGCCUGCUUUUAUGUUUUAUUGAUUGCAUGCUUAAUCCUGGACUCUUUAACUUGUAGGGUCUGUGUUUUGCUGCUAGGUUGAAUUGGUAGAUUUUGGGGACUUAGUAAAAAACAAAAGCCCCAAACAAAGUAGAAGUCUGCUUAUACCUGGUUUGAAUUGGUUCUGUCAGACCCUGUCCAGAAUGUAGUAAUUGGGAGGCGAGUUGAGAACCACAGGAAUUGAUUUGUGGGGUUUCUGCUGUUGCUACAAAGCACUUGCUGGAAAAGAUCUGGAGUUUGGGUAUUACCAAUCAGCUCAAGACACCUAGUUUGCAUUUCUGAGAUUCAAUACCUAGGUGUGGUUGUUCUAGUACUGAAGUUUUUGCCAAGUGGAUGAGGUAAGGCAAGUCUGGUGGAUAAUCCUAAUGCACUUGAUAUAAGCCUGUUUUGGGGGAUUGGUAUUCAAUCUCCAGGCGCCGUACAGGGUUCUGUGGGGUUUCUUGGUCUCAUCUUUGCUCCUAGAACAAAGUAUAGCAAGUACCUUUUAUAUGUUACACAUGUAGAUGUUCUACCCCUUAAUGCUUCAUCUGAUGAUGGUCUGACUCCAUAACAGAACCAGAGAGAAUAUUAUUAUUAAGUGUUGGCUUGUGGCUUUUUAAAAUUUCAUACUACUUUAAUAUUUUACUUUGCUUGUAAGAUGUUUUGCAUGGGCAUUUGCCCAGAAAGGCAGCACAAAGUACUUUAACUAAUAAUAAUUUUAUUUAUAAAUUUAAUUUAUUUCCUUUUUUAAAAAUGGAAGGCAGAGUGUAGCAUAUAAGGAUAAAAUCAGGUCAAGAUCCACAAAAACGUAAUUUAAAACAUCAGUUUUGUUCAAGCAAAGUGAUCGUACAUAUUAAUAGUUUUGCAGCCUUAAGGGUGGACUACUGUAGAAUACUGAAUGAGGCUGACAUUGAAGAAAGCUCCAAUUGACAUCAAAAAGUGAGCUGCAGCAUGGAUGUGAGGAAGUGAGAAUAAUGUGCAAUCUGUUUCGUGGCAAUUAUGCUGGCUGCCUGAGAUCUUCCAGGCCCAAGGUGCUUUCAAAGGCCCCACCACCUAGAGAAAAAACAUAUAUUAGAGAUUGUCCUCUGUAUGUAAAUUACUGAUCAGUCCUGCUAGCUCAGCACGUUAAACACUUUGUACCUAAAGCAAUAUUCUGCCCUCAUGGUGUUGUAUGAGAUACUAGAGGCUAGUAGCACUUUAUUGUGCAGAUUCUCAAAGCUGUAAUGGUCCUAGGUUCCCUUUGUGAUACGCCUUGUACAAGAGUGUCAUGUGACAUAGUCAUGAAGGGCUUUCUAUAAUCUUGUAACAUGUCCAGACAGAAGUUGCUUUGUUAAGAUACAGUAAAAAUGUAUGCAGCUGAAGUACAGUGGCUUUAUAAAUACGCUAAGCUAGCACUAUUUGUAGAAGUAGUGAAAAUUGGUCUCGUGUUGGGGAUUGGAUUGCUGACACUUCCAAUGUGUUUUAAUUUUGCCCAGCACCUAAACGUUUGUGGCUGCAUCUAAGUAUGUAGGAUAAACUAUAAUUAAUAUUAAUACUUUUAUGUUUGUUGUUGUAAAACUACUUGGCCAGCAGGAAGCAUAACUUUAAUUUCUCAGCAGCUGGAACAGCCAGAAUCUUAAACCUGUCAUCUGUUAACAUCAGCACCUGAGAGGGGGUGGUGCUCAGUCUGUGGUCCCCAUCUUGGAACCGAGCCUACAAUAUCUACUCUAAUUUGUUUUGGUUAUUUCUUCUCCAGCCCCCAUUCAAUAUUGCCACAAUAUUGUGAUAUUUUGGUUGGUCCCAAUUCAAAGAUUGUGCUCAACCAUAUACAUGUGUUUGUACAUGUGGAUCACCUUUGUUUCCUUAGCUUUCAGAAUUAUUUCUUCCAUAAUUUGUUGAAAAUGGAGCAGAGUGAUUUAUUAUAGAGCAGUGAAAAACUUUCAAGGGAAGUGCUACUGAUAAGGGAGUUCAAAGUAGCAGAGUUAAGGAUAUAUUUGCCAUGUGAUUUGUAUGAUUCAGUAACCCCUUUUUUUCUUUGCCAUUUUAGAGUAGGUAGGCUAGCGUCAUAGGAACUUCUGAGUUUUACAGGUUGUAAAUCAUUCCUUAGUAAGUCUAGUUAGGUACUCUAGAAAACAAAUGCCUUGUAUUUUUCUUUAGUAGGCGAUUGUUUGAUAGCUUAGAAUCAAUUGUAGAGUUGGAAGGACCAGUAUUUGCUUAAAGCAAGGAUAACCCCUAAACAGCCUCGGCCCAGUAUACCUGAAGGAGCGUCUCCACCCCCACUGUUUAGCCCAGACACUGAGGUCCAGCUCUGAGGGCCUUCUGGUGGUUCCCUCACUGUGAGAAGUGAGGUUGCAGGGAACCAAGCAGAGGGCCUUCUUGGUAGUGGUGCCCACCCUGUGGAACACCCUCCCAUCAGAUGUCAAGGAAAUAAACAACUAUCUGACUUUUAGAAGACAUCUGAAGGCAGCCCUCUUUAGGGAAGUUUUUAAUGUCUGUUGUGUUAUCACUUUUUUAUUAUCAUUAAUUCUGUUGGUAGCCACCCAGAAUCGCUGGGGAAACCCAGCCAGAUGAGUGGGAGUUUGGGUAAUAAUAAUAAUAAUAAUAAUAAUAUUAACCCUUCAGAUGCUGCCAGACACCAACUGCCAUCAGCUCAAGCCAAGAAUGGCCAAUAGUCAGUGAUGAUUUGCAGUUGCAGUCCAGCGAUAUCGGGAGAAGCAUUGCCUUCUCACCCGUGGUUUAGGAGAAUCAAAAAUGAGAAACAUAGUAUAUAACAUUCUACUUCCAAGGUGGGGGAACCUUUGCCCACGGUCCCGAUUAGGCCUGCCAGGCUAUUUUGGCCAAACACUACUCAUUGCCCUAUGUCUGAUAUUUUAUAUAAUGUCAGGUGUGUGGCAGGUAAAAGUGGUGUUAGCAAAGGCGCUGUGCCUAUGCCCAUAUGGUUUGAUUUCAAACUGCACAGGCAGAAAUGAGUCACCUGAGGUCACCGUGAUGUCAAGUGAAUGGCAGGUGGGUAACUCUGCCCAGAUGUCAAACUUGACUUGCAGGGCAUAGGGAGAUAAGGACCUGGGCCUGCCAAACAGAUCCAGCUCCUCACCCUGUUGUACUUCAUAGUGACUGAAAAUGUUGUUCCAGUCCUUUCCUAUCAUGAAGCAGCCCCAGCUUUCAACAGGAUAUAUUUUGUUGCAGCCUCACUGUCUCCCUACAGGUUAAGCAAAGGAAAGGGGACAGUUUGGAAGGCAGAAACUUAAGUGUGGCCAGAGGCAACAGCAGAAUUGGGGAGCUGCUAUCUUGUGAUACAGACUAGAUAAUCUGGGUGUUCCUGGGACACGUAAGCGUUAAUGAGGAAGAUUCCUCAAAUCCCUACCCCCAGGUGGCUGUCUGUGUAACGCUUUGUGCUUCUCCAGAAUAAUGGAGUCAUCUUUAGGAGAAGUGAGAUGAACCGGGCAUGCAAAGUACACUAGAUUACUGUUAGCAUGCUAACAUUCUCUCUUUUAUGAUGCAUGCUCAGUGAGAACAUUUAGAGGUCUAGAAUUCUUAACAUUACCUUCAUAGGAAUUUUUCACAGUAAAGUUGGUUACUUGUUUUUGUAUUGGGAACAUUCAGAUCUGCAUGAAUAAUGUAGGAAUUCACAGUGAAUGCUGCGGCAGAUAAGGAUAUAAAUUCAACAGGCGAAGAUAAUUUUGGAAGCCUGGUUUGGGGGGGGGGAAUACUUUCUAGUUUUUGCUUGAAAGCUGUGAUAUUUAGAGAUCUUAUUUUAUGGUAAAAAAAAACAGGCUGUUUUAAAAAUCUGUUUAUGUGAUCUGCUAGAAUGCAGGUGUUUAACACAAAACAAUACCGAUUUGGGCUAGAAAUGUAUGGUUAGUGUUGUUGCUUGCUGAAUUCAGUUAUUCCUAGAUAUCUCUCUUGAAACUUCUUACAAAUAUAAAUUGUAAUACCUCAACGAAAGUCUCAUUUAAUAGUGCUUCUGAACUUGGGGGUCUCUGGUUAGCUCAGAUUCUAGUUACGUCAGAAGAGUAUCAAACCAUGGUUUUAUGAUCCUAGUUUGCUCAAUACAGUGGUACCUCUGGUUACGAACUUAAUUCGUUCCGGAGGUCCGUUCUUAACCUGAAACCGUUCUUAACCUGAGGUAUCACUUUAGCUAAUGGGGCCUCCCACUGCCGCCGCCACACGAUUUCUGUUCUCAUCCUUAGGUAAAGUUCUUAACCCGAGGUACUACUUCUGGGUUAGUGGAGUCUGUAACCCGAAGUGUUUGUAACCCGAGGUACCAGUGUAACUGGAGUUUUUAAACUACAUGCAGGGUUCAGAUAUAACAGGGAAUUCUGGUUCAUUUUGCAUUGAAGAUGGAAGCUUUUCAAUCUCAUCUUGCAUGUGAAAGAGCAGUGGGUUGGUUAAGGCUUGUUGUGGCUACUGCAGGUAAUUUUAAACUUUGGUUUGAUGUCACAGAGCUGAACUGGCCUUUUUGUGCUGAAAUUAAACAGCAAACAUAGUUCAGGAUAUUUGACUGUAGGAAAAAACCCUGAAAAUAACUAAUACCUAUUAGUCUUUGAACCCCAUUGUAGAGGAGGGAAACACACUUUCUGUAAAGAGCUUUAAAAGAAAAACAGCCCCCUGCACAGAUCCCCACAAUCUGUAAACAAAUUAGGGGAGUGCAAUACAAAGUUACUGUCUGGCACAGUGCAGAUUGACAUUCUUUCUUUUUCAGUGUAGCCUCUUUGCUUAGUGAAAUGGAAGACAAAUGGCUUAAAGAAAUGUCUGUAAAAUGUCACAAAGGUAAGGGUGUAUUUUGUAAAGAUCGCACAGAAACUUGGAUAGGUGGAAGCACAAAAUGUAUCUCUUGCGGUUAAGAUAACAUUUGUGUAAUGUAGAACUGCAACCUGUUUUUGGAGGGAUCUAUAUGUGCAAGACUGAACCUGAAAGCUUGGGUGUGUUUUAAAAGUGAUGUGGGAAGACUUGAACAAUGGCAUUUCAAAAUAAGUAAUGGUUGUUCUAUCUUUAGGAAGUGAAUUUUACUUUCUUUUGAAAGAGUAAGGCACAGUUGCUAGCCUGAACAAAACCUUGUCCUUCAUGGGACAGAAAAUGAGGAAAGAAGUCACAAGUUUUCUUUUUAAUUUGGAAUACAUAGGCUGAAAUCCUAACCCUACUUACCUGGGAAUAAACCCCAUUAAAUUCAGUUGGACUUUUGCAGACACAAUUAGGUAUAGAAUGGCAGGGCUCGGGGAGCGAAUUCUUUUCAAUACAAAAUAACACAGUUGUUUUGAGACGUCUGUAUUUAGCUGAAGAAUAAAUACUGGCAUUUGGGGCCAUUUGUAACAACGGUUUAAUCUCUGUAUAUGGAAUAAGUGCACUUCUUACAGAACUAAGAGUUAUGCAAGUAUAGGCGAAGAAAAGCCCUGGUGUCUUAAAACAGAAACUCAAAAAGAGAAGUUGUUUUCUUCAAAGAGGUUAUCCACUAAAGUUUAAAAGGAAGGUAGUUAUAAUAAGGAGACUCUUGAGAGUCCCAUGGACUGCAAGAAGAUCAAACCUCUCCAUUCUGAAGGAAAUCAGCCCUGAGUGCUCACUGGAAGGACAGAUCGUGAAGCUGAGGCUCCAAUACAUUGGCCACCUCAUGAGAAGAGAAGACUCCCUGGAAAAGACCCUGAUGUUGGGAAAGACUGAGGGCACAAGGAGAAGGAGACGACAGAGGAGAUGGUUGGAUAGUGUUCUCGAAGCUACCAGCAUGAGUUUGACCAAGCUGCGGGAGGCAGUGGAAGACAGGAGUGCCUGGCGUGCUCUGGUCCAUGGGGUCACGAAGAGUUGGACACGACUAAACAACAAAGUUAUAAUAAGAAGAUAAAUGUUUCUGAACAGUACAGCUGAUUAAUACAACACAGUGCAUGUUUCUUUCAGUCAGAGAUUUUCUUCCUGUGUCAGAUGUGGUGAAGGUGAAAUCUUGUUCACCUUCAUUAUUAUUUAUCUUUAAGUCAUGUGGCUGAAGCAGGCACUCCCAAACUCGGCCCUCCAGAUGUUUUGGGACUAUACAUGUCCUACUCUUUGGAGUUGAUUCUUGCCACGCCUGGCAUUUGUAAAUGAGGUUCCAGAAUGAAUUUGUUUGAAGCUGCAAGAUUGUUUAAUCUUGUACUUUGAAGGAAAGCUUACCAGUGUAUUAGUGCAAUUAUUCACAGCAUACAAAUAAUUCUAAGUGUAAAUCUUCCAGGGUGUUGCAAAAUUUAAUCCUCAGGAUUGCCUAGGCAGGAUUUGUAGUUAUGGAGUCACUGCCAAUUUAGAAGUUGUACAUCGGGAAAUGUCAUAAUUGAAUAAAGAGUGUAUUAUUAUGUAUAGGUUGCAUAUGUUGUAGAGAAAACGAUUGUAGGCCCUACAUAUUUAAUACAAAACCCAGAAGGGAACCUGAAAUAAAAAAAGCAGUAAAUCUACUAUUAUAGCUUUCACAUCGCAUAAAAAUGAUGUUACAGUCACUGUAACAUUGUAUGUUUGACAUUUUGUGUAUUUUAAAGUAUGGCUGUGAUUUUUUCUUGGUUUAUUUUUCGUUAACCUCUUUGAGGUUUGUUUGUUUUUGCAAUCAUGCAGUGUUUGAAUUUUACUAAAUAAAUAAAUGCUGUAAGUUGCAUGGCUGGGGUUCUGCACAAGACUUUCAUGGGGUGUGUCACCUGGAGAACACAGGCCCGCAAACCUAUGUUUGGAAAGUGUCGUCGUUCAAGCUCACCAACCCGAACUGUGUGCAUCGUAUCAUGUUAGGGCACUGAACAUAAUAUUUUUGUGAUAAAAUGAAGAUGGGAGGUACCUAAUAUAUCCUGUCCCCAGGAGAAUAUAGUAAGAUCAUUGAGCAGAAAUGGAACCUUGAAUCUGGUGAACAUAUGCCCCAAAUGUUUGACCAGAUAAGUAAGUUAGUGAACCUAAACUAGGGAUCUGUGAUGUGGAGUUGCUAAUGAGGUGUAUAAGGUAUUGCAUAGUUUAACUCAGUGUUAUUAGCGCGCUCUCUCUCUCUCUCUCUCUCUCUCUCUCUCUCUCUCUCUCUCUCUGAAUGAUUACUGUGCCAUAGCCAACGGAAAAGCUGUUGCAUACUGAGGUUCAGCUUCAGAUAGUGUCACUCUAUCAGUGACACUGUGAAUUUCAGAGACUAAACCAGUUGACUUCUCCUGCUGGAAAUCAGACUCUUUUGUAACAACCAAAUGUGUUUGUCAGGCAAGAGACUGUCUCUUUCUUGUAAGGUUCUUUCAAUUUUCCCCAAACAAGUUUUUUUCUCCACUAAUUUGAAAAAAAGGCAGCAGCUGCCUGUUCCCUGUUUCAUGUACCUACUUGUCUGAUAUAUUUUUCCCCCAAACUGGAAAUGACUUCUGUUUCUCCAUAUCUCACAUUGUGCAUUACAUCUUUUGCAUAACAAGGUGGGAUUGUGGCUUCUGACAAGGAGUUUGAUCAUUUGUGUUACAGAAAAGUUUUCCUUUUGGCUGAGUCCAGUAUCAAAGGACAUUCAAAAGGGGAAAAGAUUCCUUUACUUUCACAUAGAGCUAGGCCUACUGCUGCAUGUACUGUCAUUUUACUGCCUACUUCCUUUUUGUAGCUUUAUUUUCAUGGUCUAUAUGUACCUCGUUCUGCCCGGACACUGAGGUCCAGCGCAAAGGGCCUUCUAGCGGUUCCCUCGCUACAAGAAGCCAAGUUACAGGGAACCAAGCAGAGGGCCUUCUCGAUAGUGGCACCCACCCUGUGGAAUUCCCUCCGAUCAGAUGUCAAAGAGAAAAAUAACUACCAAACUUUUAGAAGACAUCUGAAGGCAGCCCUGUUUAGGGAAGCUUUUAAUGUUUAACAGGUUAUUGUAUUUUAGUGUUUUGUUGGAAGCUGCCCAGAGUGGCUGGGGAAACCCAGCCAGAUGGGCGGGGUAUAAAAAAUAAAUUAUUAUUAUUAUUAUUAUUAUUAUUAUUAUUAUUAUUAUUCCUGUACAUCUAAUGUGUACAAGGUGGCUGAUUUGCUUCCUCUUCCCUUGCUAUGCACCAGCAGCACACAGCCAUUGCAGGAUUAUAAUCACAAUUUAUUAUUAUUAAACCCUGACCUGCCCGUCAGCUGAAGUCACCAGUGAUAUCAGCUGAUGGGAAUGGUUUUGAGAGAAAUGGCUUUACGGGCCAAACUGGGACUCCGUGGUGUGUCAGAGGUUCCCCAUUCCUGCUAUACUGCAAGUAUAGUAUAAGAUUCAAUUUAAGGAUUUUGUUUUCUUGUACGGAACGGUUAAUUUUGGAUAUGCCGAUCUAUGUCAUUGUAAAUAUGCAGUGUGAUCCUAUGCAUGUUUAACCAGAAGUAAGUUUCUGUGUUCAGUGGUACCUACUCACAGGAAAAUGUGCCUAUGAUUGCUCCUUAGUUUAACAGCUUUUUUCCCUUAAGGUCUGUUGCUUUUUUCACUGUCAUCCUUGUAAUACUACUAAGUUUAUCCCGUGUACCCUGUACCUGCAUUUUAGUUUCAAAGAAGUGGAGCUGCUCCUGGUGGCUUGCAUUUUCUUUCUCUCUUAUGAAGUAGACAGGUGCAUUGAAGACCCAGCAGUUAUUCAGAGCACAUGUUUGUAUGAAGACCGUUUGCCCUCAGGAGAGUUGGGAGGACAGUUGUGAUGCUCCCAGAGGGAUCUGUGUCUGGCUGUCCCCUUCCACUGAAGCAAAUCCAGAAACUUCGGGUGGGCCAUGCAUCAUGUGCACAAAAGAACUGUCUCUCUUGCUGACCCUAAUUGUGAUGAUUUUUGUUUUCUUUUUAGGUUUCAGUUUGGCAUCACCUUGCCUCCAGUACCAGCAACAGCUGUGCUCCUUGAUCAAUGUGACGGUCUGGAAUGCUUCAGCAACUGACGAAAUGAUUGAGGGUAGCGGAAGAUAUGAUUUUUACAUUGGUCUGGUAUUGGCAAUGAGCUCCAGCCUUUUCAUUGGUGGGAGUUUCAUCCUGAAGAAGAAAGGUCUCCUUCGAUUGGCUAGGAAGGGCUCCAUGAGAGCAGGUAAAAGUUUGCUUGAACGGGGGGGAAAUGUUUAAGGGAAAACAGGAACUUUGACCCGAGUUCCUUGGCUGUAACUUGAAGCAUAUACAAAAUCUUUCAUAUGACGUUUUCUAUAAUUGUAUGCAGAAUUUAGCAUAUGGGACAGAAUUCUGAGAAUCCCCACUACAUUUUUUAUUUAAUUAAAAAGAGCCAGUUUGUGCCCUUUUGGUUUUAAAAGAGUUGAAAAUGUGAAAAAUGGGGGCAGCUUGAAAUGAUGCAGGAAAGGAGAUCUGUUUCUCCACCGCUGAGAACCAUGUGGCAGUUGUGUAAAUCCGAGAGCUGUGAUUGGGUCAGUAUGAACCAUAGAAUUCUAGAGUUGGAAGGGACCCCAAGAGUCAUCUAGUCCAACCCCCCUGCAAUGCAGGAAUCUCAGCUAGACCAUACAUAUGGACUGAAAUGUUACUCCUUAUAGUGUUCACAAUGGAAGCAUGUGGUAGACAAGCUGGGAUAUAACUCUUCAGCACUAUUUACAGUGUUCAAGGAGUGAAGUAACACUUGGUUCUUGGUUCUCCAGUCGCGUUUCACUAACCAUAGCAUGUCUAUGCCCAACCCCUAUAUUUUGACGUAAUUCUGAAAACUGAAACCCCUUCCUCACAAGGAUACCUCAAACUCAGGGUGUCUGAAAACACACAUGUAUUUUGGUCUUAUUUAUGCAAAUAUUUUAUGGUAUAGAUUUGGGGUUUCCUUGAGGCAAAACUUUUUCUGCUUGGUGUUUAAAAGUGUCUCAUGAAUUUUGUAGUGUAAUACAGUGGUACCUCAGGUUAAGUACUUAAUUCGUUCCGGAGGUCCGUUCUUAACCCGAAACUGUUCUUAACCUGAAGCACCACUUUAGCUAAUGGGGCCUCCUGCUGCUGCCACGCCGCCAGAGCACGAUUUCUGUUCUCAUCCUGAAGCAAAGUUCUUAACUCGAGGUACUAUUUCUGGGUUAGCGGAGUCUGUAACCUGAAGCGUAUGUAACCCGAGGUACCACUGUAAUCCCUUCGACUAAACGGUGUUCCUAUCUGAGUACGCUGAAUCACUGUAUUUUCACGUUACAGAGUUGAUAAAUUGGGUUAACUUCAGCUGUUUUUAAAGACUUUAUUUUGAAACAUACAUAUUUAAAACAGUUGCAUGCUAUCAAUGCAAGCAUGCGUACAUUUUGGCAGGAUGGUUGAGCUUUUCAUGAUGCAAAUUGGUACCUACUCUGCUUAUGUGGCAGCAAAAGCUCCUGCCUGAAACACAGACUUGUACUGCUCUGAGAUCUCUGUGGAAUUUUAUAGUUCUAUAGUUUUGUUUUGUCAAACAAAACAUAACAAACCUUUUAAAAACAUAUGGCUCCUUAAAUUCAUUGAGAAGUGGGGAUGCAACAAUGGUUUGUGAGGUUUCAGGGUCAAGGAAAAUGGUGGCCCAAAGUUCAUUAAAUGAGAAGGGGCUUCUGUGCAAACUGCAUACCUAAUGUUUUCUGAAUAGGAUUAAAAUAAAAGUGGAAAUCAAUGCUGUUGAGUAGAUGAGGAAGGUUUUAUUAUCUGACCUUGGAGAGACCUGGCUUUUAUCCAAAGGACGAAGCAGCUAGUUUUGCCCGUCCAAAAAUUCUUUGGGCUUACGAUAGACUUCAGAAUUGCAAUGUUGAAAUGAGGCACCCUUUUUUUUAGGGAAGUAACUUUGAAAAUAUUUAUAUAAUUAAAGCAUAGUAAUGAACUCGUAUAUUCAGUUCUCUCUUUUUUCUCUGGGCUGAUACACAGAUUUGCAUUUUAAAAACAAUCUUCUGGAAUAUAACAAAAUGCAAGGAAUAUAAAGUUACACAAAGCCAAUGCUAAGGAAAUUACCCCUAUUUUAUUAAUUUCCUGUGUUGCAGUGGGUUGGGCUAGAUGAUCCUCAGGGUCCCUUCCAACUCUACAAUUCUAUGAUUCUGGCAACAUUUGUCCAUGCAUUAUGCAAAUAUAUCUGAUCUGAAACUAUGUCAGGUAACCCUAGCUUUGUAUACCGUAUUUUCACUCACAGAAGAGUCAGGGCUUUAUUGCACAGAAGCUCCUUCAUUUCACUGUAGGAGUGCUCUGCUUGGAAGACAGACAUUCUUGAGCUGCAUUGCAUCAGUGCAUGCAUGUAAUCUGAAAUAUUGCAAAACUUUUUCUAGCAUCCUGAGGGCUGCCUUGUAAAUCGAGUAAAAGAUGGUAGCAAUAGUAAUAUCCAAAUAUUGGACCCAAGAGUUUUCCAGCACCGUGGAUUGGGCAAAGCAACAUUAUUCCAGAACUAUUUUUAAAAAGUAUUUCAGUCAUCGUAAUAAAAAGCUUUUAUUGACUAGUAUCGUAUUUUUUAAAAAAAUUCUGGACCAUUAAAAACCUAAAAUAGUAGCAUCUAUUGUGUAUUAUCACAGUAACUUUCCCCCCCUUUUCUUAAAAAACUAGGACAAGGUGGCCAUGCGUACCUUAAAGAGUGGCUCUGGUGGGCUGGACUCUUGUCAAGUAAGUUAAGCUAACAUACUUUCUUUUAGUCCUCUUUGGUUAUCUGUGAAUCCAGUCCAGACUGCAUUGAGAGUUGGCACCAUCUGGGGGCUCAGAAGGGUCCAUCACUGACCUCGUGUGACCUUGAGAAGCUUGGCACUUCAGGGCCAGUCGCUCAUCUCACUUCCUCUUUGCUGUAGAUGUGGCUUACCUGGUGGCAUUGGGAGAGAGGUCUCUCCUUAUGGGAUCAGUCAACCUACAGCAGUUCCGCAGGAGGCAGCUGCAGAUCUCCCCACCCCCACCCCCAAGAUGCAAUGUCUGAUGCUUAGCAGUGCACACCUUUUGAGUGCUGGCUGGGCUCCCAUAAUAAUCCCCUGCCAUCAGAUAAAACAUGGCUGUGGGGAGGAGGGAGUAAGGCGAGUGAUUGGCGGCGGUGGCAGCAACCAACGGUCGUGUUACAUGGGGGCUCUGGCAGCACACCAGGUGAGGAACAGGUCAGCAACACCUGGAAAGGGCUCAAUGGUGGCAUGAUCUCUGAACCCCCAAGAGGAGGAAGAGAAUGAUCUUAAGCGUGGAAUGUCAGUAAAGGAACAAAGAAAAGUAGUGCAGGUAUUGUGAAAGAAUCUGAAGACCGGGUGGGGAAGUAACGCAGGGCCCUAGGACAGAAUGGGGCUGAAUUUUGGAGAGGAAAUGUGGCUUUGGAGGCAGGAAACAGUAUGUUGUGACACAAACGCCCAUUCAUUUGUGCUGCUGAGCAUUUAGAUUUCAUUUCGACGGGGGAGAAUGAUCAAUUCCAAUUUCUGCUAGCUUCCAAUUCAGUAUAAUCCAGAUCACUUUCCAACUCCACAAGGGGGAAUUGAGAAAAUGCCCCUCGUAUUGUAAACCAAAGAUUUUUUUACCUCAAGUAGUGGAGCGUUGUAAUGAGACCCGGAAAGGUGACCCCAAACUGAAAGGCAUUCUUGUGUUAAAAAUUCCUAAGAAGUUGGCUUUGAAUUUUCCUGUUUAGGGAUUUCCUUGUUGAUAAACGCUGCUUUUUAUGCAUUUUGGUUUUCAUCUGCAGAGGUGGGUGGUCAGCUUGAGUUUUCGAAAGCUUAUCUGAAACUUGUCCCCUUUUGUAUUUUAAUUUGUAGUGGGAACUGGCGAAGUUGCGAACUUUGCUGCCUAUGCAUUUGCACCGGCUACGUUGGUGACUCCCUUAGGAGCUCUAAGUGUUCUUGUAAGGUAAGGAAUAUGGCAUUUUCAGAGGCAGUGUGGUUGCAUUUGCUAGUAAGUGCAUACUUAUGUGUGAAUACACAAAAACGUGUUGAAGUCUGUUAGCCUCUUAUUCCAAUUUCUCCUGAACUCCCCCACCCCAAUUGCCUUAAUCUUAUAUACUUAAGAUUUUUUUAAAUCUCCAUUAUCUUCUUGAUUGCCACUUCUUUGACUUUAAACAUACUCCUAGAUACAGGUGGGUAGCCGUGUUGGUCUGCCGUAGUCGAAACAAAAUAAAAAAAUUCUUUCCAGUAGCACCUUAGAGACCAACUAAGUUUAUUAUUGGUAUGAGCUUUCAUGUGCAUGCACACUUCUUCAGAUACUUCUUCAGGUGUGCAUGCACACGAAAGCUCAUACCAAUAACAAACUUAGUUGGUCUCUAAGAUGCUACUGGAAGGAAAUUUUUUUAUUUUAAAUAUAUUCGUUGGUUUGAAACCCUUACAGGCUGGCUUAUAUAAUUCAUUUAUCACCAGCCUUUACCAUUUUUUAUGCUGUGUUUUUAUUUUAUCUUUAGUCUUGACUUGCAUUUAAUGCCUUAUUAAUGGAGGCAGCAAAAUCUGUUUGCAUGUUUACUCAAAAAGUAGCCCAACUUUAUUCAGUGAGGCCUACACCCAGGUAAGCAUGCAUAUGAUCGCAGCCUAAAUCAGUCACUUGUUUUCUGAAUAAGAUUACAUCCCAGAGUAAUUGAAGCUAAUAAAGAAUCCAUCUGUAUGUCUAUGGUUAGGAUUAUUUGCCCAGUGUGCAAUACUUUCAGUUUAACAUUAGAUUUGCCAUUUUAUCAGUUUGGUGCGUUUCAUUGUUUUGAAUUAUUUGGUCUCAUUUGCAGCCGCAAUCAUCGCACUGCCACCCCAUGAAUAAAUUGUAUGCAAUUUAUGGGUGGUUUUUCGAUAGAAAUUUAAUAAACUAUAUUGAUUGAGUUGUAUUAAUCGUAUCAACUUAAAUCAAGGUCCUGUUAAGACACUGUUCAGUAUUGAUUGUAUUGAUUGUAACCAGUUGCUGUGUUUCUCAUUUUGGAGCUAAACUGUAUCAUUGUAGCUUUAAAAAAUUACAAAUUCAAACAUAUUAGCUGUCGAAAAACAGAUUGCAAAGACUUUGUGUGUAUCUUGCUCUUUAACCUUGUCAGAAUCCUCAAGACGGUUUUUGGUAUUAAAAAUAAUAAUAAUGGAGCAAUUCAAAUUUACAACAUGGAUUUAUAUUUUUUUUGUUUCAGUGCCAUUCUCUCAUCGUACUUUUUAAAUGAAAAGCUCAAUCUGCAUGGAAAAGUUGGGUGUUUGUUAAGUGUACUGGGUACAACCGUGAUGGUAAUUCAUGCACCCCAAGAAGAGGCAGUGGAAACGUUGAAUGAAAUAUCCCACAAGCUGGGUGAUCCAGGUAAGAGAACCCUGCAUUCUGUGUAAAGCAAGGAGCAGUAGAGGAAAUGCACAGUUCAUAGGAAUACAGUCAUAUCUUGGAAGUCGAACAGAAUCCGUUCCGAAAGUCCAUUCGACUUCCAAAGCAUUUGAAAACCAAAUUGUGGCUUCUGAUUGGCUCCAGGAAGCUCCUGCAGCCAAUCAGAAGCCGUGGAAGCCCUGCCGGAUGUCAGGUUCCAAAAGAAUGUUUGCAAACUGGAACAAUCACUUCUGGGUUUGCGAUGUGCAGGAGCCAAAACGUCUGAGUUCCAGGGUAUGACUGUAUUGUGUGACUUUGAACAAGGUGUCUGAAAACUAGGUUUAGGUAUGCACCCCCAACUGUUCAAAAGAACCAUAGAAGCUUUUAAGAGAAGUUUGAGUUUUACAAUAUAAAGUACAGCCAUGUGCUUUGUGCUUCCCCUGCCACAGCUAGCUGCAAUGUUUUUAACAGUAGUUCAAUACUGUUUGCUUGAACUAAAGACCUAACUGGUUUACAAAAGGCAAUCUAAAAUACUCAUCAAAUACCAAUGAGAAAUUAACAUUAAAAACAGUUCUGUCUCCUAAAAUCACGUUAAAAUUUCAUUCUCUGGCAUUAAUACUGCAAAAUUAGGAAUCCCCCCCCCCUUACUGAGCAUCAGACUCCCCCCCCCCCAAGCCUUAGCUCAUACAGAGUAAUAAAACGCGAAUUGUGGCUGAUGUGAUUUCUCUUUAUGUUGCAGGUUUUGUGGUCUUUGCCACAUUUGUUGUCAUUGUGUCCUUAAUAAUGAUCUUUGUGGUGGGACCACGGCAUGGACAAACCAACAUUCUUGUGUACAUAACAAUAUGCUCAGUCAUUGGAGCUCUGUCUGUUUCCUGUGUAAAAGGCUUGGGCAUUGCUAUAAAGGAACUUUUUGCUGGGAAGCCCGUGCUGACGCAUCCUUUAUCCUGGAUUCUGCUGCUAAGUCUUAUUGUCUGCGUCAGCACGCAGAUCAACUAUUUAAAUCGAGCCCUGGAUAUAUUCAACACUUCCCUCGUGACACCAAUCUAUUAUGUAUUCUUCACAACAUCUGUUUUAACUUGCUCCGCUAUCCUCUUCAAAGAGUGGCAACACAUGGCAGCUGACGACGUUAUUGGCACUCUUAGUGGCUUUCUCACUAUAAUAGUGGGGAUAUUUCUAUUGCAUGCCUUUAAGGAUGUCAACUUCACCCUAGCAAACUUGCCCGUGUCUUUACGUAAAGAUGACAGAGGAAUAAACGGCUCUUUGCCAAACACAUACGAACGCUUUAACGACGAAGAAAGUGGAAGCCGUGUAGGUGAUCUGCAGUCCACAGAGGGAAUGGCCUCUAGGAGAAACGGAAACCUGGGAGCAUCUUAAGAAGAGAGCAAUUCUGUAACUGUGUUUUGUUGUGGAAUGUCAUUUUUAAGUGCUUGUCAGAAACAAAUGUAUUUAAACAGUAUGUAUAGACAAUCGUUUGUUUUUAGGUUUGACUAGCUUGGACCAAGAACAGUGGUGGAUUUUUAUUUGCCUUACCUUUUCAUUUAAAAAAAAUAAUACUAAAGGACUUCAAAAACAUGUUUUGCUAAAUUACCUGUGAACAUGUAAAAAUACUAAUUUUUUUGUUUAGGACUUAUUGCACUAAUGACAAUUUUAACAAAUAAAAUGCUUUAUUUCUGCAUGAGUGAGAGGUGAAUUGACACAUACCUGGCCAUCUUUUUGUGCUGCUUUCCUAAAUUAGUUAGGUAGCCUUGCGUUUCAGUGUAUGGAACAACUGUUAAUUUACUCAUACAUUCAGGGAAUGGAAUUAGGUGAAACCCACUGAACCUUGUGUAAAGUUUGCCUUCUCCCAGCUGGAAGAAACCUUGAGCUGCAACCUUAAUCUACAUAGAUUAAAAGCAAAAAAAUGCUGUUACUAUAAAGAGGUUCUUUUUAUGUGACGCAUUAGAUACCAUCUACACCCACUCAUUUGUGUUAACAGAUUAUAGGCCCAGUUUAGAUAUAACAUAUGGUUCAGGCAUGAGGCUUGUUUGCUCUGCAUUGUAUUAUGAAGAAACAAACCUGCUUUUACUAAACAUUUCCACAGUGCUUUUCAAGUAAAAACAGUUCACCUGCAUUAGCUAGCUGUAACCAUCAUAGCCACCCUGUAAG